AUGGCGCUAGAUGAGGGUUCUACACUCUUUUGUGUUAAGACUGAAGAAGUUGUUAUUCCAUCAAUUAGAAAAGGAGUGAAGCCGCUCGACCAUAAGGAGAAGGAAAAGAUUGACUAUUUGAGUGGCAUUGACAAAGGUCCUAAGAUAUCUGACGUGAAGGAUUCCCGGUCCACAAGAGGUUAUGUUAUUAUCCUUGGUGGAGCUGCUAUCUCAUGGAAAUCAACAAAGCAAAUGUAUUUCAUACGCUGCUACCUAAUUCUUUAUUAUUGUAGGUAUCCUGCUGACCUUUCCAAAAGAGCAAAGAUCCACUCAGUAUUAGACUGGCAUCACUCAAAUUUACGCCACGGUGCAGCUACAUAUGUCCUCAACUCUACUCUUGGACCUGCACUUGGGCGGCCUUUGAAUCCAAAAGCUGCAGCUGAAGGUGAGAAAAUAUUAUCUGAGUCUCUUGCAAAGAUUGAAUCUGUUUGGCUCAAGGGAAAUGGACGUUUUCUGCUUGGAAGCUUACAACCAUCCAUAGCAGAUCUUAGUUUAGUGUGUGAAAUCAUGCAGCUCGAGGUUGUGAAUGAGAAGGAUCGUGAUCGAAUAUUGGGCCCCCACAAAAAAGUUUUGAAAUGGAUCAAUGAUACGAAGAAUGCGACGAGACCUCAUUUUGACGAAGUGCAUUCCGUCCUUUUCAAAGUAAAAGAGAAACUAAAGAGGCUGCAGUCGGGAGGGGCAAAAGACGAGACACAAUCCACGUUGAAAAGUGCUCUGCAUUCUAAGAUGUGAGUACAAGGGGGGAAAAUCAUGGCUGAUAAAAGUAUUUUCAUAGUCAUUUUCCAUCAAGACUUUAUUGUACCCUUGAGGUUCUCAAGACGAGCAUAUAAGUAGUCUUUUUAACUGUUCUGUUGUGGUAUCUAAAUUAAAUAAAAUACUUUUCUGCUAAUUUCA